AGUAGUACAAAUAUUGGUCACUAAUCAAAACGUGUCAAACAUACUUUAGAAAUUCUUGAGUGCCGACGUAACUAACACGAGUUGCAGACGAUAUCAACGUUCGACAACCUUCUUUCUUUAUGUUGUUUAAAGAAGAAAAACCGACGAUGGAGAGCGAGAGAGUUACUAUCGAUCAAUCUCCACCAAAGCAUCCAUUUUCAAUAGAAAGGAUGCUGGGUCACAAUGAGCCUGUUAUUAGACGAAAUAUACCGUCUCCUGUCUCCCCGUCUGUGAGCCGAUAUACUGAGUCGCCCAUGAGCGAGGUAGAGACGAUUAAUAAGGCGUGUGAUGUAUCUGAAAACAAGGAGGAAGAACAGAUGAAAAAACUUGACUCGGAAGGAGAAUCAGACAAUAAGGAUGAUAACAAUAAUUCAGAUAAAGACAAUUCUGGGAAGCAAGCUAACGUUGUUCCCAAAAACAAAUUUGGAGAGAAACCGCCAUUCAGCUAUAACGCUUUGAUCAUGAUGGCUAUCAGGCAAAGUCCAGAAAAAAGACUAACAUUAAAUGGAAUCUACGAAUUCAUAAUGAAAAACUUUCCAUACUAUAGAGAGAAUAAACAAGGCUGGCAGAACUCUAUUCGUCAUAAUCUCAGCCUGAACAAGUGCUUCGUGAAGGUACCCCGUCAUUAUGAUGAUCCCGGUAAAGGUAACUACUGGAUGCUAGAUCCAUCAAGUGACGACGUAUUCAUAGGAGGUACCACUGGAAAACUAAGAAGACGCUCCACCAGUGCUUCCAGAAAUCGUUUAGCUCAUUUCAAACGCACAGGACGCCUUGCACCAGCCGGUUAUCCUCAUUUUCAGAACGAUAAACCUUAUCACCCAUUUGGAUACUGGCAAACUUCACCCGUCUUCCCGUUACCCAGCCAUCCUGCAACCACAAUGUAUAGAACAAUAGACCCUAGAUCAGAGAACCCAUCCCAAGGUAUUCAUCACCCGACAAUGCCAGCUAGUGUGGCGUCUGCUUAUUACGAAUCGAUCCUUUCAUCAAAUCCUGCAUUUGUCAGGCCUGUUCCUGUUACGGUUAACGGAUUUUCUGUAGAUAGAAUCCUUCGAUCUGAUCUUUCUUGCCCAUCACAACCUACCAUAAUUCCACCAUCUCACCGAGAGCUAGCUUGCAGCCCGCUAUACGCCAGGGGGCUAUCUAACAGCGAAACCUGUACAUCGCCUUGUCAGUGCGUGUCGCAUGCACCUGUGUCGGCCGGUUUCUAUGAUCCGUACGCAAGCCUAAGGGGCGUAACUUCACCCGUGCUUCUACCGAGUUCUUUCCUACAACAACCUCAGCUUAUUCCUGGCAAGUAAAACAAACUCUUUGCUAGCGAAUGCUUAUUCUUGAUUAAUUUCCACAAAUCUUAGAAAUCGAACUUUUAAUAAGCCUCUAGCCUAAUUUAUAAUGUAUCUAUACAUUAAUGUCUAAGUUCAAAAUAUAUGACAUUGCGAUUGUUUAAUUGGAAUUGUAGAAUUAAUUCAUUUCCAAUGUAUUCGCCUCGGCCUUUUUAAGGGCAUUUUUCCAAUAAAACAAUUGCGCUUUAUUUUUACAUUUUAAAUAGACAAUGUAUAACACCAUUGGCAUUAGCUAUAGGCCUGCAGAGUAUUAUAACAGUCUUUGAAUCCAAGUGCAAUAUUUGUAUAAUUAAGUGAUGUAUAACUAUAAACAUUAUUAUUAAUAUUAUUGUUAUUAUUAUUGAAUUAAUUUUAUUUGUAUUAUUGUGAUGAUAAUUUUUAUUGCAGUCUUUGCAAUUAGUAUUGUUAUAUUUAUUGUUAUAAUUAUUAUUUGUUAUUAUUAUAUGGUACAUUUUUUUAGAGAAAACUUUACUUAUUUCAAACUGAAUUUAUCGUAUCAAACUGCAUUUUGUAACAGAGAUUAAACACAAUCUCAUAUUUUAAUUGUACAAAUCUUGAUUGGUGUUAUGAAAAUUCAAGUCGGUACUGAAAACACAAAUAUUUAAAUAUAUUGUGGAAAUAAAAACUUGAUAAUCUAGCCAUAACAUCCUAUAGGACUAUUGAUUUUAAACUUGCCGAUUACUGUAACCUUAAAUAAAUUUAGAUCAGAAAGUCCGUUGCAUUUACGUACGUUAGCCCUUGCGGCAAAUAUUGCAUGAUUACUUUAUAUUGAAGUGUUUCAUAAAUCGGAUUUUACAAAACUAAAUUCAAAAUAUGCUUCAUAUUACAAUGCCAUGAAGAAGAUUGACAUAAUAAAAUACAAAGUUUACUGUA